UCCAUCUAUUCCAUCUGUCGCCCCGUCUCUGCUGCUAGUUUCAAUUGCCUGGGCAGGGCCGAAACUUCCAAGAGGACGUGCCUUUGUUCGCCAGGUCCCUUUUUGCUGCCGUGGACAGUUCUACCGGAAUCUUUCCUUCAUUCGGGUUCAUGGCGCCCGCAGCGCUCGGUCGCUUGCUCAGCGGCGACGGCAGCAUCCGCAAAGGCCUCAGCUUGAGGCGGAAGAAUGCGAAAGCGCCGCGUACACUACGGCCGCAAGACCCGACGCUUCCUUGUCCGAUUGCGAAGAUAUCCGAGGACAUCAUCCUGCAUAUCUUCGAGCUCGUGCACGCAGCCAGCCCACACAGCGCGGCCAAUCUGGCCCUGGUGCACCCGCGCUUCUACCGGCUCGCCCGAUACGUCCAGCACCGCUGCGUGGACAUCGCCCUGAGCACCACGGAUGAAGCGGCGGCUAAGCGUCUCGAUCUUAUCGAGAAGGAGGGCCUACUACCCGCCAUUCAGGAGCUCCGCGUACGCGGUGGCAUCCGCGACCUCAACCAGCAUUGCCUCUCGCGGCUGGCGGCUAUGCUUGCGGGCAUGACGGCCCUUCGCUCUGUGUUUUGGGAGUCCGGACCCAUUCCUACUCUUGCGCUUGAGAAUCUUCGCAAGCUGCCUUUUCCUGUGCAGCUCCAUGUCCGAGUCGAAAAGAUACGCGGCGGGAACCCAGCGGCCGCAGAGCUUCUUAGCGCGCUCGCCGGUUAUGAUGCCCUGACCUCGGUCACGCUCGAGGCAGGGUACACAAACGCCGGCGACUGCCUCCAUCUGACACGGCCACUCAAGAAGCUCUUGCUCAGCUGCCCCAACCUCGUCAAUCUAUCCAUCGACCUGCACCUCCCUCGUCAAGGCUGUGUCGGUUAUUCCCCGCCGGACGAGUAUCCCGGUCUCGGCUUCUCUCGCGGUGAGCGGCCACUCCGGCCGUUGGAGUCUCUGACCAUAUAUGAGUACCCGUGGGGGGAGGGGGUCGUACGCGGUCUCCCCCACUCCAUAGGCUAUCCAUGCGAGGGCCGGGAAAUGGAUUACUGGGCCGCCAACUUUGACUGGUCAGCGCUGCGGCGGUUGGCGCUCAUUCCACCGCCUACCCAGAUCAUGCUUUAUAACACUUCACAGCCCUGGAUCGCGAAUACGCUGGCGCCGAGACUGACGGCGCUGCGGGAGGUCAGCUUCACGGUGGUCGACGACCCUUUCGGCAACUCCGUCCGGACAUUUUUCGACCAGGUGCCGUCGACACUGGAGGACAUCAGCGUGCCCUACCUGGACUCCAUCGGCGUCGCGUGUCUCGCCCGGCAUGCGCCGACCCUACGCAGACUCGCCGUGCACCAGCCCGGGGGCCCCUCCAGCCCGAGCGGCUGGGAAGAGCAUCUCCUCUCGGAGGCUGCCCUAGAGGAUCUCUCUCAGACAGUCCCGCACCUCGAGGAGCUAGGCAUCGACAUGCUGCGAGUCGACGGCGACUGGCCGCGAGGGAAGCUUGACUUGCUGGCGCGGUUCCCCCGCCUCCGCGCCCUGGAGCUGUGGUUCGACUUGGGCAACGGUCCGCCGCAGCCCGCCCUCACGGCAUCGUCCGCCGCGCGGCUGUUCGCCGACCUCCGCCGCACCUGCCCGGCUCUGCAGCAGCUGCGCAUACAUUCGGGCUUCCCCCCACAGCCGAAGUUGGGCUUUCCGGCCUCCUUCGGGCCCUCUUAUACAGAGUACAACUCCACCAGCUUCACGUGUCGCGUCGCCGAGGGGGACGGCGAGGCUGUGGCGGAAGGGGUCGCCGUCACCAGUCCGAAGCUGAGCCCGCGGCUGAAUGCGCGCAUGUGCCGCAUCCUCAAGGGCAAGGAGAAGCGCGAGGACAUCCCUGAGCAGCUGAUCGCGCUGCGGGUCGCCCUGGAUGGGCCGCUGCCGUCUGCCGACUGGGAGCGGUGGGCGGAGCGGUGGCGGUGGCCCUCGCUGGACCCGCCCGACAGUGGCAAGAAACGCGGUCGCUUGUCGAGGCUAUGGCAACGGUGAAGACGCUCGGAAAGACUUGGUGGCAUCACUCCAAUCAAGAAGAGAACGAUUUGGCUGUUCUGUUUCGUUUUCUGUUUUUUGCUGAUGAAUCUCAACUACGAAGACAACCUAUUGAAAA